AAAUUAGAAGCUAAAUAUGUACACAGUUAGGUACUUGUAGAUACAAUGGGAUAUUUUUGCAUGGAUAAAUGAUGACGUGUGAGAAAUAUACUGGAUAAUCUGGAACUGAAUUCAACAGCAAUAAGGGAUAAUUAUUGAUAAUACGUCAAAUAUUACCAUAUUUAUCCAUAAAUUAGCUUAAUUAUCUUUGAGAAGACCAUGCUGUAACAAAUUGUAAUCGGAGAGUAUCGGAAUACAUCGGAAAACAAGAAUAACUGUAUUAAACUGUUUACUAGUAAAUUUUACAAGAAAUAUUUUGAAAACGAAUAGAACACUAUAAAAGGAUCAUACGAAUUAGCAUAUCAUGUCAAAUAUCGAACCAAAAAAAGUAUUUGUAAAAUUCAUUCCAAUGAACACAACCAGAGAAGAAAUUAGAGACUUUUUCAAUGUCUGCGGCACAGUGGUGAGUGUUGACCUCAAGUCAAAAACGGAUGCUAAGAAGUUUUCAUUUGCAUUCAUUAUGUAUGAAACACAGACUGGAGCAGAUCGGGCAGUUGCGGAGCUGAAUAACCAAGUGAUGAAGAACAAAAAAGGAGACAUGCAAUCCCUUUUUGUUGUCCAUGCAGUUAUCCCUGAUGCUAGAAAGGAGAAAUUAAGUUUUACAGCCAAGGAAUAUCAAGAAUUGUGCAGGAAAUGUGAUGAAAAUGAAGAGAAAAUAAAACAAAUUUACAAUAAUCCCGUACAGGAAAAAGAAAUUACAGAAUUACUAACUAAGAAACAUGAACUUCAGGCAAGACAAGUGGAGCUUAAGAAAACUAAUGAAAAGCUAAAGGGAGAUCUUCAACUUCUAGAUUUACAACUUAAGAUUAAGAACUUGGAGAUGGAGAACACAAAACUUAAGGAAGCUCAGUGAAAUCUUGAAAGCUCAAGUGAAAUCUUGAAAGCUCAAGUGAAUCGGCAGAUUGUGUGUGCUGUUCAAUUAGGGAUUCAGGACAGAAUACAAACUCAACUGCUGUUCAGAUGAAAUGCUAUGAGCCACAAAGUUGGCUGUUGCCUGUUACCAAUUAGGGGAAAAACAACCCUUUUUAAUGUUGUGUCUGUAACAAGUUAUGUUUCUAUCAUAGCUUGACACUGAUUUCUGUUAGAGUGAACCAAUGUUAAAUCAAUGUGUUGCCAACAGAACUUAAAUCUAUGGUAGGGAUCAUAUGGGAUAAGUAGAGUUUACAUUAUAGUAUUUAUAACAGAGGUUUAUUCAACACCUAAAGAUAUGGAUAACAUUUUAUAUGAGGAAAGGCAGAAAACGUGUUUUAACAUAUUUAAAGAAAACAUCGGACAUACACAUGCUGUAAGGCAUUGGAAAGAGAUCUAUUUAUGUCUCCUCGCCGUAGAUUUUGGUCUUAAGACCUCAUAUUUAGUAGACCAAUGCUGCCUACAGCCCGUACAAGUAAGCACGUUGGUGAAACAUCUUUGCAGAGAAAAGUUUCUGUUCCGAAGUGACUUGUAUACUGUACUUAUUUUCGGCGAUACAUUUGUAUUGCAAAGAGAGGCAACGUUGAGCUAUCUAAAUCGUGUUAUGAAUGAAAAAUGCACUUGCUUCGUCGAUGCUUCUGGACACUUACCUGAGCCAAAAAUGGUUGAGAAUUCUGACAGCAAAUUUUGGAACUCGAUAACAGAAUUUUGCUUGACUUUUACCGAGUUCAUCCAAUGCAAUCCGGCAGAUGAAGAUGUAC